UUGUCUCUGUUGCUCUAGGAGAGGAGUCUCUCUGAAUAAAGACGCCCAAAAUGCCAAGUGACUAGAGGGGAGCCAAGACGGAAAACUAGGGAAUGGGAGAAAGCUGCUGUACUUGGAAGCAUUAAAUCUUGCUGAUCAGUGUUGCCCAGGUUUUCCUGAUUGCUCCAAAAUAGCAGAUAAGUGGCUUCGUGAAUAGGAAUGCCUGCCCAGGUACCAGAAUUGAAGGUGAUGGAUGAAGAUCGGCUAAUUGAAGACGUCUUGGAUAAGUUUGUUACUUGUCAUGAGCAAACAUACGAAGAAUUUCUGAGCACUUUCACUCAUCUUUCAAACGAUAAUGUGACCAGAAGAGGAGCCUUUGGAACCAAUUCUUCAGAAAACAAUUUUACUUCAAUAAAAUUAACUCAGAGAAAUGAACGAAAUGAUCACCGUCUUAGCGAUAAAGCCAUCUUUCUUCGUACUUCAUCACAGUGUUCAGAAGAGGAAUUGAUAGUGAUGGAUGAAGGUCAAAAAGUAGGCAGUUUCUUUCAAGGUGAUCUGAAUCAGGCAGGGAAGGUGAAGGUAGACAAUUUCUUUGAUUUAGAAGACUUGGACGUGGAUGAAGAGAUUGAGCCCCCAAUGAGCAAGGAUUUGCUGCUGCUUCCAGGAGAGGUGGAGCAGGACGUGAGCACGAGUGUUCCUUCUUAUGUUCCUUCCAUGGCGCAGCCUCUUAUCCCCGGAGUGAAGCCAAGGCCCACUGGAAAAGAAGCAAACAAAGAAAGGGAGGAGAUAGUCGGAGAUGAAGUUCAGCCCUUCUCACUUGAUGAAGACUUUGAUUAUGACACUGUAAUGCUAACCCCCAAGUUCACUCCUACAGAGAUAGAUGCCAUCAAAGAGCUAUCCAAGCAAAAGAGAAAGAGCGCAGACUUAGAGGAAGCCUGCGACUGAUCCACCAAGAUAUCUUCGUGUUUAUUUUUAUUUUGUCCUUAUUCAAGCAACAUUAGAAUAAAAUAUAAGCUUACUAUAAUCCCCUUUGUGGAAUUUGUGUAUGUGUUGAUUUGUCAGAGUUAUUUGUCUGUAAGGAGAUGAGACUAAAAAGACCAGAGAGCCCUCUACCCUUACAGAAUUCUCUUCUGUCACGUGUCUGCAUCCAUGGCUGGUAGGGGAGAUGGAGGUGGCAAAUGGGGACGGGAAGCAGCACCUACAUAAGGGUCCAUCUGAUGAGAGCUCUGCAACUAGGUAAGGUGGGAUAUUGUAACAAGGACUGGAAACUCCAUCCCGCCCCCUUGGGGGGGGGGAGGGGCGGGCAAUUGAACAUGCAAAACACAGAGAAGAAUUGAUUAUGUGGUAGGUCACUGGUCCCAGCCAUCCAGAGACAGUGGUAUGAAUGGGAGUGCUCAGAGGGGUUGGGCUUCUAGGAUUGAUUGGGAAAGACUUUACUGAAAAAUGAAAGCAUCUGAGAAUUGAUUAUAUGGCAUAGGUUAAAUUCUUGCACUUUGUUAUUGCUAUUCUGCCAGGUGUGAGGAAAGUUACAGAGUAGAAGGAAUGAUCUCUAUCUCCAGAAGUUUAACAUAUAAUUUGAGAAGGCAAGGCAUAGAUAGAGAAGACAACUAGAGAAUGUAAAAACUAUUAUGAAGUGCUAAUUGUGUAAAAUACCCAUGAAUGCUUUGAAGGGAGGAGAAAAAGGGGUGAAGUCACAGAAGAAGGGGGAAUGAUAUGUAUGAAGUGAUUUUUAUUAUUGACAGAAUCAGUAACAAGUCAAAUGUGCUUAGUGUUUUUUUUCUUUGACCGUAUAUAUUUUAUUUCUAUUUUUUCUUUUCUAUUAUGGUUUAUUAUAGGCUAUUGAAUAUAGUUGCCUGUGCUGUACAGUAGGACCUUGUUUAUCCAUUGUAUAUAUAAUAGUUGCGUCUGCUAAUCGCAAACUCCCCAUCCAUUCCUCCCCACCCCGGCCCCCCCUCCCCUGCCCAUGUUGGCAACCAUAAGUCUGUUCUCUGUGUCUGUGAGUCUGUUUCUGGUUCAUAAAUAAGUUCAUUUGUGUCAUAUUUUAGAUUCCGCAUAUAAGUGAUAUCAUAUGGUAUUUGUCUACCUGUGUUUGACUUACUUCACUUAGUAUCAUCAUCUCUAGGUCCAUCCAUGUUGCUGCAUUGGCAUUAUUUCAUUCUUUUUUUUUAUGGCUGAGUAAUGUUCCAUUGUAUGUGUAUACCAAACCUUCUUUAUCCAUUCAUCUGUCGGUGGACAUUUAGGCUGUUUCCAUGGCUUGGCUGUUGUAAAUAGUGCUGCAGUGAACGUUGGGGUGCAUCUGUCUUUUUGGAUUAUAGUUUUCUCUAGGUUUGUGCCCAGGAGUGGGAUUGCUGGAUCAUAUGGCAAUUCUGUUUUUAGUUUUGUGAGGAACGUCCAUACUGUUUACCAUAGUGGCUGCACCAAUUUCAAAUGUACUUAGUUUUAAUUAGUUUUCAUACAGGCCUGUGUGUGUGUGUGUGUAUGUGUGUAUUCAUAAAAACUGCCAUUUAUAUUCCUUACAAAAGAAUUCUCUUGAUUUACUGUUGCUAUAGUCAGGUGAUUUCCACAUCUAUUUUACUUUGUCUAGUCAACCAACUUUCACAAAACUCUGUUUAUGUGUCAAGCCUAUGCUAGGCAAUGGAGAGGGUACUAGUAAAUUAGACCUGGUCUGACUUAGUGGUGAAGACAAAUGUAUACACAAAUAAUUACAGUAGAGCUACACUGUCCAACAUCAUAGCCACUAGUGUGACCGAGGAACUGAUUUUUAAAUGUUAAUUCUAUUUUAAUUUAAAAUAUAAAGUUGAUAUUUGAUGCAGUUAUUAUGAAACUCUCAAGUCCAUUUGAAACAACUUGGGUAUGUGAAUCUACUUUUUCAAUUGUAACUUUUAUGACACCUAAAUACAGAUCACUUGUUUUUGAUGACAACUUUGUGUCUAAAAUAUGCUGUAAAGGUGAGAUACACAUUGGAUUUUGAAAAAUUAAUGUGAAAAA